GUGAAUGUCAUUUUGUAACCCAUUUUAAACCGCGGGAUCGUCGGAGAUACUUUAUGUUCUCCAGCCACAGGACUUUGAAACGGAGGACUCCUGCUCAGGGCAUAGAUCGCCGGGAGUACAUUGGUCACCUGGUCGAUGAGUAUUACACAACUACCAACAUCGCCCAGCAGCAGGUGACUGCUAAUUUAGCCAACUUUGCCUACGAUCCGAUCAACUGGCCACAUCUGCUGGAGGCGGAGGCCCUGGAUGUGUUCCUGGCAUCGCUGGAAUCCCAGGAUCAGCCACUGAAACUCCAUGGAAUUGCGGCAUAUUGUAUAUUAUUACUUUAGGAAAUCAAUUUUUCAGACAAAACAGCUGUCAAAUUCAUCAGGGAGCAACUGCAGCUCAUCACCGGCCUCUUUGGGCGCACAGAUCACCCGGAAAUAGUGCUCCACAGCCUGGCGCUUUUCUACCAACUUCUGGAAUCAGGUACGGUUGACAAGGAUUUACUACUGAGUCCUUUGGUGCUUAGGGCGGUGCAGGAGUGGAGGGUGAAGGCUCACGAUCAACGUAUCGUUAAACUCUGCCAGUUGUUGCUGCAAGAUUUGCCACCCGCAUCGAGGUUACCCAGGUGCACAAUGCUCCAAUUCUGCCGACAGCUGAGCAGCCGAGCACUUCAGCAGGUUCAAGUGGUUAAGCGCUUCACACAGAGCGAUUUGGAGCAGUUCGCACAGUUCACUGGCGACCACAACUACAUCCACAGCCUAGAAACACCUGUGGAGGAGCGACGGGUGCACGGAGCACUGCUCAACGCUGUUGUGGCGGGCAUUAUGGGAACCCAGUUGCCGGGACCCGGCACUGUUGUUCUAGAGCAGAGUUUCAAGUUCCUCAAGCCCUGUCGCCUUGAGACGGACACCCUGGUGACCGUGCGCCUGCUGCAGUCGCGCAAAAUCUCCACCGUGGAGUACGACAUUCGGCAAAACGACGAUGUGGUCUUUGCCGGCAGUGCAAAGUUGCUGACCCGCAGCCAAACAGACUAGACUUCGUUCAAUAAAGUUGGAUUUGUAUGUGUA